CCAAAACACACUAUAAUGAAUUCACAAGUAAUCUACUUUGUGUUUGGCACAAUCCUGCUGAGUGUUAUUGGGCCAUGCCAUCCUACUUCUAAUGAGACGGAUCGAUUAUCCUUACUCGAAAUCAAAGCCAAAAUCAAUGACCCUCUUGGAGUUAUGAGAUCAUGGAAUGAUACUAAUACUACCCACUUUUGUAAAUGGUAUGGGGUUACUUGUACUUUUAGGCUCCAAAGGGUGACUAUGUUGAACCUACAAUCUUCGAAACUCACAGGUACUCUUUCUCCUAGUAUCGGAAACUUAACCUUUCUUCGAGUAUUGAACCUCGAAAGUAAUAAUUUCGAUGGGAUCAUCCCUUUUGAAAUCCGUCGUUUACAAAGAUUGCAAUCCCUUUUACUUGGUAAUAAUUUUCUUGGAGGAGAAAUCCCAUCAAAUUUAUCUAGUUGCUAUAAUCCUGUUGAGAUGAAUAUGUUCAAUAACAUGUUAGUACGAGAAAUUCCUCCAAUGCUUAAUGUCUUGUCAAAUUUGAAAUUUCUUACCUUGUCUAUGAACAAUUUGACAAGAACUAUACCCUUUUCUCUUGGGAAUUUAUCAUCCUUUAUUGAGCUUUAUGUUUCUAGAAACAACUUGUUUGGAAGGAUCCUGAGUAGCAUAGGGAUACUUACUAACUUGUCGGUUCUUGCAUUAGCCGAAAAUAAGUUUUCUGGAUCGAUUCCAUCCACAAUCUUCAACCUCUCUAGUUUGAAAAUUCUAGAUUUAGGUGAGAAUGAGUUGGAAGGAAUCCUACCUUUAGAUUUAGGUAUCAUGCUUCCAAAGCUCCAAACUUUAUCCCUAGGGAAAAACCGGCUAACUGGCUCCAUACCACUAUCAAUAUCGAAUUCUACUAACCUAGAGUAUCUUCAAUUGCCAUCAAACAAUCUGCAAGGAAGUGUUCCUUCUUUGCACAAGUUAGAUAGGCUUGUUCGGUUUAACUUUGGCAAUAACUUACUUGGCCCGGGUGAAACUGAUGAUUUGAACGUUUUUUCUUCGUUAGUCAAUGCCACAAUGUUAGAGUUUUUUGUCAUCAGUAAAAAUAAUUUUGUAGGAAAUUUUCCUAUUACCAUUUGUAAUCUUACAAGGCUUGUAUUUCUAGGAUUUCAACUGAAUAACAUAGGUGGGUAUAUACCCGAGUGUAUAGAAAACUUAGCGAAUUUGGAGUAUGUUGGUGGGUGGAGGAACCAAUUAUCGGGUGUCAUUCCAUUGGGAAUAGGGAAGCUCCGAAGUUUAGUAGAACUAGAUUUAACCGAAAAUCAGUUAUCAGGAUACGUACCAGCUUCAAUUGGAAAUUUGACUAAGUUGAAUGUUCUUCAACUAGCUCAAAACAAUCUAGAAGGUCAAAUACCAUCAAGUUUGGGAAAUUGUAGAAGCCUUUUAGGAUUAGAUCUUUCCCAAAACAAUCUUAAUGGAAGUACAAUUCCUCCGAAUUUGGAAACCUUAAAGGCUCUUCGCGAGUUAGAUUUGUCUGAGGAACAACUUAUCUGGCCUAAUUCCAAAAUUUUUAGUGAGCCUUCCAUUGCAGUCAUUGAAUCUAUCAUUCAAUAA